UGCACGUCUUCCCUAGAUGGCUUCCCUGAAGCCUUACCCCACCCGGCAGAGAAGUAAUCCUUACCCCCAUUUGUGGAUGAGGAAACCAAGGCCCAGAGAAGUCAAGUAGUGCGCUGAAGAUCACACAGCCAGGAAUAGAGUCCGGAUUGGGACUCAGACGUGGCUAAGGCCAGGGCAUCCAGGCUGGGCCAGGCACCUCUUCGUCUUCCUGGGGAGCGUUCUUUCCAGCACUAGGCGAGAGUCUGGCCCUGGGGCGCCUGUCCCACCUGCAGGUUCUCCCCCAGACUCCGGCGGGCGGGGCGCGGAGAAGGCGCUAAAGCACAGGUGAGGCCAGUGCGCGGGAGAGCGAGCGCUCCCGCACUAGUAGGGUGGGUGAGCGAGAAAGAGCAGAGCGCGGAGGCGCGGGGGCGUGAGCGCCGGCCCUGAGAGCAGCCCCGGACAGAGCCGCGCGGCAGCGCUCCCCAGGCGCUGCCCGCUCCCGGCCCCCGCCCCCUCGGUGGUGGCUCGCUGUUUGCUUCUCCGGCUGCGAACCAGACACAGCCUCCGCCGCUUCCUGGCGCGCUGCUCCUGGCUCCCGGGAACAGCUCCGUGGGCCCCGGUCGCUUCCUGUCCCCAGCGCCAGCACUACAGGGACGCAACGCGGCUACCGACCCAGAGCCACUCGAGGCUAAAGGGGCCCCCGGGGCCCCGGCGCAGCGCACGGUGAGCGCCCCCCGGGGCUUGGGGAUCCCUUAGCCGCGGGUCCCAGCGUGCCACCCCAUCCCGGGUGCCCGAUGGGGCCGCCCGGGGGGUGCAGGGCUGAAGUUGGGAGCACACGCAGACCGCCCCUGGCUCCAAGCCCGACAUGCUGCCGCCCGGGCGCAAUGGCACCGCGUACCGGGCGCGGUUCGGGCAGCAGCAGCUUGCGCAUGGAGGCGCCUCGGAGGGCUCGGAGGGGGCAGCGCCGCUGGGGCCGGCGCAGGUGGUCACCGCUGGCCUCCUGACGCUGCUCAUCGUGUGGACCCUGCUGGGCAACGUGCUGGUGUGCGUGGCCAUCGUGCGAAACCGCCACUUGCGCGCCAGAAUGACCAACGUUUUCAUCGUGUCUCUGGCGGUGUCCGAUCUCUUCGUGGCACUGCUGGUCAUGCCCUGGAAGGCGGUCGCUGAGGUGGCCGGUUACUGGCCUUUUGGGGCCUUCUGCGACGUCUGGGUGGCCUUCGACAUCAUGUGCUCCACAGCCUCCAUCCUGAACCUGUGCGUCAUCAGCGUGGACCGCUACUGGGCCAUCUCUAGGCCUUUCUGCUACCAGCGCAAGAUGACCCGGCGCGUGGCCUUGGUCAUGGUCGGCUUGACCUGGACCCUGUCCAUCCUCAUCUCUUUCAUCCCAGUCCAGCUGCACUGGCACAGGGACAAGGCAGGCUCCUGGGGUGGGGUGGACCCACCAUCCAACCUGGCCAACGGGACGCCUUGGAACGAAUCGGGAGAGCCAGAGAUGAGGGCAGACAACUGUGACUCCAGCCUGAAUCAAACUUACGCCAUCUCCUCCUCGCUCAUCAGCUUCUACAUCCCGGUGGCCGUCAUGAUCGUGACCUACACGCGCAUCUACCGCAUCGCCCAGGUGCAGAUCCGCAGGAUUUCCUCCCUGGAGAGGGCCGUGGAGCGCCGGAGCCGCUGGGCCUGCGCACCAGACAGCAGCCUGCGAGCGUCCAUCAAGAAGGAGACCAAGGUCCUCAAGACCCUGUCGGUGAUCAUGGGGGUCUUUGUGUGCUGCUGGCUGCCCUUCUUCAUCCUUAACUGCAUGGUCCCCUUCUGCAGCAGACACCCCGAGGGCCCGAGGGUGGGCUUCCCUUGCAUCAGCGAGACCACCUUCGACGUCUUCGUCUGGUUCGGCUGGGCCAACUCCUCUCUCAACCCCAUCAUCUAUGCCUUCAAUGCGGACUUCCGGAAGGUGUUUGCCCAGCUGCUGGGGUGCAGCCACCUCUGCACCCGCACCCCGGUGGGGACAGUGAACAUCAGCAAUGAGCUCAUCUCUUACAAUCAGGACACCGUCUUCCACAAGGAGAUGGCGGCUACCUACAUCCACGAGAUCCCCAGCGCCGUGACCCUGGGGGACAGGGAGGUGCACGAAGGGGAGGAGGGCCCUUUAGAUCCUAUGUCCCGGAUCUCUCAGAUGUCCCCAGAUGGUGACCAUGCUGCCGAGUCUCUCUGGGAGCUGGACUGUGAGGGGGACAUUUUAUUAGGCAAAGUCACGCCUUUCACCCCAAGUGGGUUCCAUUAAACUGCACAAGAAAUGCUCCUCCUGGGUCUGGAUAACAUCACAGACAUUCACAGGCAUGCGCAACACACACAUGCAUAUGCACACACCCAUGUGCACACACAUGCACACACAUCCACACAUGCACACACGCACA